UAUGAUGAAGCGUUGGCUAUUGAAAUAUGUAAAGGGUUACGUCCUGAAAUUGCUAAAUGCACCCCUGAAUGCUAUACUAAAUUAGCAAAUCAAUGUAUGGAUGCUAUUCCUUCUAAUAGACCAUCUGCAUCCGAUAUCUAUAAUAAAUUGUGUAGAUGGUAUGAAAUGGUAGUUAAUGGUGCAGCAAAAGAUAAAAAUGAAUUAGAAAUAUUAAAAGCGUUUCAAUCAGCAAAUGCAAUUAUUCCAACGUUAUCAACCGACUUGCCAAUUUGUCCCAAAGAUAAACUUACUAGUAAACUUCUUAACUUUAAAAAUCUUUCUGAGCCAAUUAAUUCAUUAUCAGUAGAAUUGCUAAAAACUCAUGAAAAUUGGAUUUUUCAAUUAGCGAUAACAUUAUUUAAC